UAACCUUCAGAAUAACCGAGCGAAACCGAAGGUGUUCAACAUGGAGGCAGCAUUGGCCAUAACGACCAAAUACUGCCAGAAGGAGCUGGAUGAAUACGGUGCAUGUGUUGUCUCCCAUCCAGCAUCAUGGCAAGAGAAGUGUGUAGAGCUGAAGCUGAGGGUGGCACAGUGCACUUCAUCACAUCCAGUGAUCAGGAAGAUCCGAGGUGACUGUGCUGGUGAGUUUUCAGUGUUUGAGCGCUGUCUGCGGGAGAACCCGAGCUCUGCUGAAGCGUGUCAACCUCACCUCACACGUUUCCUCACCUGUGUUGAGACCGUCGACCUUUCAGGAAUCGUGAAUGCUUCGCCACAGCCCACAUAGAUGAUUUUUGUGACUGUUGAGGCUAAUGAGGACAAUAACGCAGGUGUUUUAUACUCCACACUGUGGAAAAGCUUAUUAUCUUUGAAGAACUGCAACACACACACACACA